AUGAGUGCACAAGAUGCAGAACUUACGAGAAAAAACCGCUUUGUGAACAAGGAUGUCACAGAUUUUCAAGAUGCAAAUGCCAGUCCAAUAGAAGGCUACGAAUUAUUAACUAUUUCGACAUUAGAAGAAGCUGUCCAAAGAAUCAUUUCAAUCGUUCCUAAACUCUUAGAUUAUGUUACUGCUGCUAAAAAAAAUUGCAAACGAGACUCAACUAUAUUAACAAUAGAUGAAUCCGCCUCAAUUUACCUUUAUACAAUGGGAACAGGUUUCUAUAGUAGCCUCAAUCGUGCACUUCGAGUAAAAGACCGACAUGAACUGAAACCGUGGUUCGGCUUCUUAAAACUUUUCAUAACUGCUCUGAAUAAAUUACCAUCUGUUCAAACAAUCGUCUGGAGAGGUGUUAAUACUAAUGUCACUUUCGAUUUCAUUGAGGAUGAAUUACAAACUUGGUGGAGUGUGAAUUCUUGUUCGAAAUGUAUCGACAUCAUCCAACCAUAUCUAAGUGAAACGGGUACUAUAUUCAACAUUCAAGUGAUUAAUGGUAAAGAUGUUCAUACCUAUUCGGCAUUUGAAGUUGAGGAUGAAAUUAUUCUUGUUCCUGGUACACGUUUACGUGUCAAAUCUAAACCAUUAAACUACAAUAACAGUCUAUUUAUUGUUCAAUUGGAAGAGGAAAAAGCUGAACUUGUGCCAAAGAUCCAAAGGUUAGUCUAUUUAAAAAGUUCUAUGAAGUGUGAUGAAUUGACAAAUAGAUAAGGAAGCUCUUUACAGAUUGCCGUUCAUUACUACUAUCGUCGCCAAAAUACAAUAAACGCGAAUGUUUUUUAAAUAACUCGAGAACGAAAGCAGCUAGCGAGCUACGGUUUUUACCAUUCGAAAGAGAAAUGUGAGGAAAGUAAAGACAAUUCAAAAUUUGAUUGGUUCUCAAUUGACCAAUCAGGUGAGUGCCUGUUCGAGAUUUUGAACAUUGCUUUUGGAAGGCUUUUUCCAUUUGUUUCUGGACUGCAAUAAGACAAAGCCAAACUUUCUAACACACUCCGUUAAAGAGUUAUAAGGUUUUUCCUGAGACUCCGAUUUCGGCUGAUUGAGGUUGGAUAACCCGAGAAUAAGUUCUCAGAGGGGUAACCGAUCAUGCUGAGUCGAGUGGUGAUAUUUAUUUUGGGUUUCAAAGUGAUCUGAAAUCACAAUCGCAAAAUUUUCGAAAUUUCGGCUCUU